AUGUUGAAUUUAGAGUAUUUACCACAGAAGAGGCAUGAGAAUAAUUAUGACUGGGUUUUUAUUUCCAUCAGGAUCCAUCAGCAGAGACCAGAUUCUCCUGAACCCAGCUGUGUGUCCAUGAAGAGUGACUGGUCUAUGGGUCGAUUUAUUGACUUCAAACAUGGACAUCAGUCUCUCAGUGGUCAGUCUGUCCAGCAGCAUCAAACACAGCUGGACUCCAUAUUUAUGCUGCUGGAGGAGAACAUCAGCAGGUUUGUGAAGAACGAGCUGAAGAAGAUGCAGAAGGCUCUGAGUCCAGAUGACCCAGAAUGCUUAGAGAGUCAGAGUGAGGAUGAGGAGGUGUUGGACGGUGAGGAGGAAGAGCAGAGGAGGAGCAGCAGCAGAGAGGCAUUUCUGAAGAUCACAGUGCACUUCCUGAGGAGAAUGAAGCAGGAGGAGCUGGCUGAGCGUCUGCAGAGCAGAACUCCUGCUGCAAAGUGUCGACGUAAACUCAAGUCUAACCUGGAGAAGAAGUUCCAGUGUCUGUUUGAGGGGAUCGCUAAAGCAGGAAACCCAACCCUUCUGAAUCAGAUCUACACACCGCUCUACAUCACAGAGGGAGGGACUGCAGAGGUCAAUGAUGAACAUGAGGUCAGACAGAUUGAAACAGCAUCCAGGAAACCAGACAGACCAGAAACAACAAUCAGACAAGAAGACAUCUUUAAAGCCUCACCUGGAAGAGAUGAACCAAUCAGAACAGUGAUGACAAAGGGAGUGGCUGGCAUUGGGAAAACAGUCUUAACACAGAAGUUCACUCUGGACUGGGCUGAAGACAAAGCCAACCAGGACAUACACUUCACAUUUCCAUUCACUUUCAGAGAGCUGAAUGUGCUGAAAGAGAAAAAGUACAGCUUGGUGGAACUUGUUCAUCACUUCUUUACUGAAACCAAAGAAGCAGGAAUCUGCAGGUUUGAAGAGUUCCAGGUUGUGUUCAUCUUUGACGGUCUGGAUGAGUGUCGACUUCCUCUGGACUUCCACAACACUGAGAUCCUGACUGAUGUUACAGAGUCCACCUCAGUGGAUGUGCUGCUGACAAACCUCAUCAGGGGGAAACUGCUUCCCUCUGCUCGCCUCUGGAUAACCACACGACCUGCAGCAGCCAAUCAGAUCCCUCCUGAGUGUGUCGGCAUGGUGACAGAGGUCAGAGGGUUCACUGACCCACAGAAGGAGGAGUACUUCAGGAAGAGAUUCAGAGAUAAGGAGCAGGCCAGCACCAUCAUCUCCCACAUCAAGACAUCACGAAGCCUCCACAUCAUGUGCCACAUCCCAGUCUUCUGCUGGAUCACUGCUACAGUUCUGGAGGAUGUGUUGAAAAGCAGAGAGAGAGGAGAGCUGCCCAAGACCCUGACUGAGAUGUACAUCCACUUCCUGGUGGUUCAGUCCAAACUGAAGAACAUCAAGUAUGAUGGAGGAGCUGGGACAGAUCCACACUGGAGUCCAGAGAGCAGGAAGAUGAUUGAGUCUCUGGGAAAACUGGCUUUUGAGCAGCUGCAGAAAGGCAACCUGAUCUUCUAUGAAUCAGACCUGACAGAGUGUGGCAUCGAUAUCAGAGCAGCCUCAGUGUACUCAGGAGUGUUCACACUGGUCUUUAAAGAGGAGAGAGGGCUGUACCAGGACAAGGUGUUCUGCUUCGUCCAUCUGAGUGUUCAGGAGUUUCUGGCUGCUCUUCAUGUCCAUCUGACAUUCAUCAAGUCUGGAGUCAAUCUGCUGGCAGAACAACAAACAACAUCCUGAAACAUCUCCAUGUGGUCUGGCAAAUCAACACCUUUCUACCAGAGAGCUGUGGACGAGGCCUUAAAGAGUCCAAAUGGACACCUGGACUUGUUCCUCCGCUUCCUCCUUGGUCUUUCACUGCAGACCAAUCAGACUCUCCUACGAGGUCUGCUGACACAGACAGGAAGUAGCUCACAGACCAGUCAGAAAACAGUCGAGUACAUCAAGAAGAAGAUCAGUGAGGAUGUGUCUGCAGAGAGAAACAUCAAUCUGUUCCACUGUCUGAAUGAACUGAAUGAUCGUUCUCUAGUGGAGGAGAUCCAACAGUCCCUGAGAUCAGGAAGUCUCUCCACAGUUAAAUUGUCUCCUGCUCAGUGGUCAGCUCUGGUCUUCAUCUUAUUGUCAUCAGAAAAAGAUCUGGACGUGUUUGACCUGAAGAAAUACUCUGCUUCAGAGGAGGCUCUUCUGAGGCUGCUGCCAGUGGUCAAAGCUUCUCAUAAAGCUCUUCUCUCAGGAUGUCUGAUCACAGAGGAAGGCUGUGCUUCUCUGGCCUCAUCUCUGAGCUGCAACCCCUCCCAUCUGAGAGAGCUGGACCUGAGUAACAACAACCUGCAGGAUUCAGGAGUGAAGCAGCUUUCUGCUGGACUGGAGAGUCCACACUGUGAACUGGAAACUCUCAGUCUGUCAGGAUGUCUGAUCACAGAGGAAGGCUGUGCUUCUCUGGCCUCAUCUCUGCGCUACAACCCCUCCCAUCUGAGAGAGCUGGACCUGAGUAACAACAACCUGCAGGAUUCAGGAGUGAAGCAGCUUUCUGCUGGACUGGAGAGUCCACACUGUGGACUGGAAACUCUCAGUCUGUCAGGAUGUCUGAUCACAGAGGAAGGCUGUGCUUCUCUGGCCUCAGCUCUGAGCUACAACCCCUCCCAUCUGAGAGAGCUGGACCUGAGUAACAACAACCUGCAGGAUUCAGGAGUGAAGCAGCUUUCUGCUGGACUGGAGAGUCCACACUGUGGGCUGGAAACUCUCAGUCUGUCAGGAUGUCUGAUCACAGAGGAAGGCUGUGCUUCUCUGGCCUCAGCUCUGAGGUCCAACCCCUCCCAUCUGAGAGAGCUGGACCUGAGCUACAAUCAUCCAGGAGACUCAGGAGAGAAGUUACUGUCUGCUGGACUGGAGGAUCCACACUGGAGACUGGACACUCUCAGGGUGGACCAUGGUGGAGAGCACAGGUUAAAACCUGGUCUGAAGAAGUAUUUCUGUGAACUCACACUGGACACAAACACAGCACACAGACUCCUCAAACUGUCUGAUAACAACAGGAAGGUGACAGACGUAGGAAUAGAUCAGUCAUAUCCUGAUCAUCCAGACAGAUUUGACUGGUGGCAUCAGCUGCUGUGUAGUAAUGGUCUGACUGGUCGCUGUUACUGGGAGGUCGAGAGGAGAGGAAGAGUUUCUAUAUCAGUGAGUUACAGAAGAAUCAGCAGGAAAGGAAACAGUGAUGACUGCAAGUUUGGAUAUAAUGAUCAGUCUUGGAGGCUGUUCUGCUCUGAUGAUGGUCGUUACUCUGUCCAUCACAAUAACAGACAAACAUCCAUCUCCUCCUCCUCCUCCUCCUCUGUCUCUAACAGAGUAGCAGUGUAUGUGGACUGUCCUGCUGGCACUCUGUCCUUCUACAGAGUCUCCUCUGACACACUGAUCCACCUCCACACCUUCAACACCACAUUCACUGAACCUCUGUAUGCUGGGUUUGGGUUCAACAUUGGUUCCUCAGUGUCUGUGUGUCCUCUGUCUGAGUGAGAGUCUCUUCCUGUGUGUGAAGAUGUAAAUAAAUAACUUUGAGAAGUUUGAGUAACAUUAUUUUCAUUGCUGGUUAAAAUUCAAGCAGAAGCAAACACAACGAGCUUCUGUAACAUUGAUCU